CCGCGUAUCGUCGGUAUAAUUAAGAAGUUUUGCUUGAUUCUGCUUCUCGCGAAAGGAUCACUAACAUCGCGAUAUGCGACCAUGAAUUUCUUUUAGUAAAACUGUAAACGGGGACUCAUAAGCAAGGGAAGUGGCUCAUUGUUGCAUGUUUGUAUUACUGGCGUGAGAAAAAUCCUACUUUUAUACGUGUGCGUUAGGGUAGGCGAUCAAUCUUCAACUUCACGAACCCACAUUUAUUCAGUUAAUUGGGUUUAUUCGUGAUUGAAUCUACGCUAAAUUAAUAGCGUUUCGACAAUUCUUCUUUCGUGAGAUUCGAUUCGGUGGCCACCUACGGGUGAACAGAGAUGGCCACCCCUCAAACUCCGAGUACGAACCCUUAUGUAAUCCAACCUAGAGAACAUGCAAGAUAUAAAGAGCAAUUUGAUUCCUUAAAUCCAAUUAAUGGUGUUGUUACUGGCGAACAAGCAAAAGAAUUUUUACUAAAAUCUAAGCUUUCACCUGUUAUCCUUGCAGAAAUAUGGGCUUUAUCAGAUACAGAUGCAGAUGGAAAAAUGGAUAUAAAUGAAUUUAGUAUUGCCUGUAAAUUAAUUAAUUUAAAGUUACGUGGUUUUGUACUUCCUACAACUUUGCCUCCAACUUUAGUGCAGAGUUUAAAAUCACUUUCUACCAGUGAUACUAAUGUUACAAGUUUAACAAAUGGAGCUGCUAAUAUUCCAUCACAGAAUAAUGUUGCAUCAUUAGUAAAUUUAUCUGGUCUACCACAAGUUCCAGUACAACCUUUAAUUAGUGGGAUGCCCAUGACUGGAUCUGUUCCACGCCCUCUUAUAGGCCCUCCACCUGCAAAUGGACCAUUACCAGGACAUACUAUUAGACCUGCUUCACCAAUGACCUUACCAGCAUCACGACAAAGUAGACAGAAUGUGGCUGCCACUACACAUGCCACAACUCACACAGCGUCAAAGCCACCUGCUCGACCUGCACCACCCUCUGUGGGAAUCGUGCCUUCUACAAGUACUACUACUACCAUUACCACUACCCCUAGUGGUGGUCCUCCUCAAAGACCUGCACCACCCACAAAUAUUGGAGCAAAUUUUUCACCUGCUACUAGUGGUCCACCACCAAAGCCAGCACCACCUUCAUUUCCUAAUAGUCCUGUUGCUGCUGGAAUUUCACCAGUGAAAGUUCCACCUGUUUCUGCCACAGUUCCCGUACCACCCGUUCAACCAAUGACUACAUCUGCUAUGGAUUUACUUGAACUUGAAUUUUCAGGAAUACCUACAGUAGCACCAAUUGCACCCUUAAAUACAAAUCCAACACCAAUUGCUGCUUUUGGUAUGGGACAAACAAUGUCUAUGCAACCAUUAUGUACUGGUAUGGUUGCUCCGAUGUCAGCUAGUUCCACUAUAGUACCAUCUGUUGCAUCAAUGCCUACAGGAACUGGAGUAGUAUCAACUCCUCCAGUUGUAGGUUUGCCUUUAAUGUCAACAACCACAACAAAUGGCACACUAGUAAAUGGUGUAAUUGCUCAAACACCGGUAUCUACAAGUACACCAUUAAGUACAACUGCACGUCCACCAAGUAUAGAUAGGGUGGGCUCAGUUGAUUCACAACAUAGUCAGCAUUCAGUGGGUUCUCCACAAUCUGUAGAAUGGGCUGUACCUCAUCAAACAAAAUUAAAAUAUACCCAAUUAUUCAAUACCUGGGACAGAACACGAUCUGGAUUUCUAUCUGGCCCUCAGGCUAGGAACAUUAUGGUGCAAUCACAAUUACCUCAAAAAGUGUUGGCACAGAUAUGGGCAUUAUCAGACAUGAAUUCGGAUGGUCGUUUGAGUUGUGACGAAUUUGUAUUAGCUAUGCAUUUAUGUGACAUAGUUAAGAAUGGCGAAAAAAUACCCACUACAUUACCUAUUGAACUUAUUCCACCAGCAUUUAGACGUCAACGACAAAGUAGUUUAACACUUUCACAGCCUGGAACAGAAAAUGUAGAUCCAUCAGCCGGUAUGCCACAGACCUCUUUUGAAGACAAGCGUAAAGAAAACUUCGAAAAAGGACAAGCGGAGCUUGAACGUAGACGUAAAGCUUUGUUAGAAAUUCAACGUAAAGAACAAGAAGAACGUGAAAGAAAAGAAAGGGAGGAGGCUGAAAAACAGGAGAAAAUCAGAUUAGAGCAAGAAAGACGAAGACAAGCAGAAAUUGAAAAGCAAAUGCAAAGGCAAAAAGAGAUUGAACAGGAAAAAGAGGAACAACGAAAACGAGCUCAAGAACAAAGAGAAGCAGCACGAAAAGAAAUGGAAAGACAACGGCAAUUAGAAUGGGAAAGACAAAAAUCACAAGAACUUCAAACUCAGAGGCAAAAGGAACAAGAUGUGUUAUUAAAAUUGAAAGCAAAAAAUCAGACAUUAACCAUUGAAUUAGGAACACUUAACGACAAAGUGAAGGAACUGUCUCAAAAAAUUUGUGACACUCGGGUGGGUGUAUCUGGGGUAAAAACCACAAUUGAUGGAAUGCGAUCAACGCGUGAUGCACAAUUGCAAGAAAUGGCUGCUUUAAAAAAUAAACUUCGAGAACAGAACCAAAGAUUAUUAGUCUUGAGUCAAGAGAAAGCUAGAAUUGAAGCAAAGAAUAAGUUAAAUACAGCUAUGGAAUCAGCAGGUCAAGAAGCUAUUAAAAUGGCAUUUGACAAUAAACAAAUUACCCUCAAACAGAUGAGAGAUAAAAUUGCUGAUCUACAAGAGCAGAUUGAUGCUAAAAUGGCUGAUAUAGAAAAUAAUAAUGGCCAGCUUCAAGAUAUUAAAACCCAACUAGAAACUUUAGUGACUGAUUGCAAGAACCUAUAUGUAACUUUCGAAGAUAAAAAAUUAAAAGUUUUAGAACUCGGAACAAGUGGUGGUACCGGAACUGGUACCGAUUAUACAACUUCUGCAUGGGGUGAUAAUGCUUGGAAUGAUACUCCAGCAACAGUCAACGAAUCUACUUGGCCUAUCACCGAUACUACUACAACUAACACUGUGGAAGAAACCACUCCUGGAGUUAUGAAAUAUAGAGCUUUGUACGAAUUUGUAGCUAGAAAUCAAGAUGAAAUAUCAUUUCAACCUGGUGACAUUAUCUUGGUACCACCUGUUCAAAAUGCAGAACCAGGAUGGAUGGCAGGUGAAAUUCGUGGCCAUACUGGUUGGUUCCCCGAAUCUUACGUAGAACCAGUAGAUACCGGAAGUACAAAUGAUAAUGCUUUUAUACAACAAGAUAGUGUGGAGAAAAGAACGCUAGAAGGAAUUGCUGAAGUUCCUGAAAAUGUAUCUGAUACGGGAUCACUCGGUGAUGAACCUCCUCCCGUUGAUCCUAUUAUACCUACUCUUGGAUUAGGUGUAGCUUGUGAUAUACAAGUAACAACUUUAUAUCACUAUCGUCCAACCAUGGAACAACAUCUUUCCUUUGAAAAAGGAGAUAUUAUUAAAGUUGAUGAACAACAGAGUGAUUGGUGGUAUGGUAUAUCCAGUAGUGGAAUUAAGGGUUGGUUCCCUAAAUCAUAUGUGAAAGAAAUUACUGCUAAUCAGACUGCAGUGGUUGAUGGUCUUAAUGAAUAUUACGUAGCUUUAUAUCCAUAUACGUCUACAGAAGCUGGAGACUUAACUUUCAAUCAAGGAGAAGUUAUAUUAGUUACUAAAAAAGAAGGUGAUUGGUGGACUGGUAGCAUAGCAGAUAGAAAUGGAAUUUUCCCUGCCAAUUACGUAGAAAAGUGCGAAGCUCCAGAUCAAGAGGGUGUCUCUGUAACUACUAACGUAUCUGAAACAAUUGGAGUUACUACAACUGGAGAUACAACUAUGAGUAAUCAUGAAGUAACUGCUUCUGUUGUCCAGGCAAUAUUGCAAACAGAAAAAACUGCUGAGCAACUCGAAGAUGAAAGAACAGCUGCGGAAGAUAGAGCAGAAUUGCCAGAUUUUACUGCAAUGGCUGCACAGCAGUAUCAUAAGAGAGGAAGAAAACCAGAAAUUGUACAAGUUAUUGCACCUUAUAAAGCCACUAGUUCUGAGCAAUUAGAUUUACAAAAAGGACAAUUAAUAAUGAUCCGUAAGAAAACAGAUAGUGGUUGGUGGGAAGGAGAAUUACAGGCACGUGGUAAAAAAAGACAAAUUGGUUGGUUCCCAGCAUCUUAUGUUAAACCUUUGUCUAGUAGUAGUAAUCGAAGUACCCCUGUUUCUCAUGGAUAUCAAGAUUCCCCUACAGAUCCAAAUGUUGAACGCGUUAUGGCUUUAUACCCAUAUCAAGCACAAAAUGAAGAUGAAUUAAGUUUCGAGAAAGGUGAUGUUAUAACUGUACUUGCAAAAGAUGAAGCAGCAUGGUGGAAAGGCGAAUUAAAUGGUGUAUCUGGCGUCUUUCCCAGUAAUUAUGUAUCCUCUAUGUCGAAUGAGAUGACAACUGACUUACUAGUGGCUGGAUUGGACUCUAUGGAAAGAAAACGACAAGAAUACAUUAAAGAACUUAUUACAACUGAACAAGCAUACAUAGAAGACAUGAGACUUGUACAUGAGGUAUUUGAAAAACCUCUCAUCGAAAGUUUAGUUUUAUCUGUAGAUGAAGUGGACAAAAUAUUUGUUAAUUGGAGAGAUAUCAUUGCAUGCAAUGAUAACUUUUUAAGAACUUUACGAAUACGACGAGAUAAUAGCGAAGGAGGUAUUGUUAGAAUGAUUGGAGACAUUUUAUGUGAAAAUAUUCCUAGAAUGUCAGCAUAUAUAAGAUUUUGCAGCUGUCAGAUAUCUGCUGCUGUUUACCUACAAAGAUUAACAGAAACAGUACCAGAAUUUGUCAAAGUUGCUCAAGUUUGUCAACAAGAUCCACGUACAAAAGGAAUGCCUUUAAGUUCCUUCCUAAUAAAACCAAUGCAAAGGAUAACAAAAUAUCCUCUUAUAAUUGGCAAAAUUUUAGAACAUACUCAAGUUGAUCAUCCUGAUAGGCAAUAUCUUCAAGAAGCAUUGGCUAAAGCAGAAGAAUUUUGUACUCAGGUAAAUGAAGGAGUUAGGGAGAAAGAAAAUAGUGAUAGAUUAGAAUGGCUGCAAACACAUGUGGCUUGUGAUGGUCUUGAGGAGCAACUUAUUUUUAAUUCUUUAACCAAUUCUUUAGGUCCACGAAAACUUCUUCAUUUUGGUAUACUUCAUAAGGCAAAAAGUGGAAAGGAACUUGUUGGAUUUCUCACAAAUGAUUUUCUACUGUUUGCUCAACCAGUGUUUACGAAAAAGUCUUUAUUCAAUGGACAACAGUUUUCAUUUGAGAGAAAUGAACACCAAAAAUUUAAGAUGUAUAGAAAGCCAAUAUUUUUAAAUGAAUUAUCAUUCUUGGGUGAUGCAGACACAAAUGGUGAUGUCAGUUUAGGUUUCAGUGAAAGCACAGAAAACUUAACUAAAAUACUUAGAUUAAAAGAUCAAAAGAAACCAAUAAUAUUAUUAUCACCUUCUCCAAGUGAAUGUUCAUUAUGGGUCCGAAGAAUUACAGAAGCAAGGAAGAAAUUUAUGGAGAAUGAAAAGACGCGUUUGCAAAGACAAAGAUCGAAGCAGGCGCAAUUUGGAGCGUGUGGCAGAAUUCUUGUUACAGUGCUUGAAGGUUUCAAUUUAAAGACAAUACAGGUUCGCAGAAGAUCACCCCAAGGUAAACUUCGAUUAGUAAUUGUGGAAGCUGAAGAUUUAGUUAUAUUGAAAAAAGGAAAGUGUAAUACAUUUUGUAAAGUAAGCAUGGGUUCACAAGAAGAAAGAACAGGUGUUGUAUCAGGUACUGAUUGUCCCUUAUGGGAUACAUCAAUGCAGUUCCAAGUAAAAGAUUUACUCGAAGAUACAUUAUGUAUCACAGCCUUUGAUAAAGGCUACUAUAGCCCAGAUGAAUUCCUUGGACGGGCAGAAAUAAGAGUUGCUGACAUAAUGAGAGAUAGUAGAGAUUCAUGUGGACCAAUACAAAAACGUAUUCAAUUACAUGAAGUUGAAAAAGGCAUUGUUGUGAUGAAAUUGGAUCUACGACUUUUUGGUAAUCGAUAA